AUGGCGGCUGCAGUUGUGCCGUUGCUGCCAACAUGGCUGGGGGCCGGUGUGCAAGCCCUGCAGACCUCCUCGAUCCGUGUGCCGGGUCCGGCCGACAACCAGUCUGUGCGGUUCCUGGUGUUUGGCGACUGGGGUGGCCUGCCUUUCUACCCCUACACGACCCGGAUACAGAGGAACCUGGCCAAGACGAUGGCUGCCGUCGCGGCAAUCAAGAAUGUCGACUUUGUUCUCUCCCUGGGAGACAAUUUCUACUUCAAGGGAGUGCGCAACGCGGACGACCGUAGAUUUAAGAGAACAUUCGAGGACGUCUACCACGCAGCUUCGCUCCAGGUUCCAUGGCUUAUACUCGCCGGGAACCACGACCACGACGGCAACGUCUCGGCUCAGAUCGCCUACACUAAGAAGUCCAAGCGAUGGUACUUCCCAAACUACUACUACAAGAAGAACUACAAGAUCCCGGGCUCCGACGGCACGCUGGACAUCUUGAUGCUGGACACGGUGCUGCUGUGCGGCAACACGGACCCGGAGGACGAGGAAUCGCAGCCGAUACCCCAAAAGAGGAACGAGGCUCUCUACAACAGGCAGUUCCGUUGGAUCAACAAACAGCUCGCCGAAUCCACGGCCCGGUACAUCUUGGUGGCGGGGCACUACCCAAUCUACUCGGCCUGCUCUCACGGCACUACCAAGUGCUUGGAGAGGGAUCUGGUGCCGUUACUGCAGAAGUACCGGGUCAACGCCUACCUUGCAGGGCACGACCAUGACCUGCAGCACAUCCGGCCAGACACCGAAAAUUGGACCGUGGAGUACUUCAUCAGUGGUUGCACGAACUUCAUCAACCCGUCGCUGAUCCACAGGCGGUCCCUACCCCGGAACUCCCUGAAGUUUGCGUGGGCCUCCGUGUUCAGCUACGGCGGCUUCGCAUACAUGGAGGCAGCCACAGACUCCAUGGCCAUCACCUUCUACGACUCCACCGGAAAGAUCCUCCACGAGAACGUCAUGAAACCCCGCUAGGUGCAAUGCCACCUAGAUAAAAAGGGCACAGUGCUGAAUUUUUUACACUGCCCAAGAGUAAGCGAAAGCGGGGCAUGGUUUGGACACGAGUGUAGAGUCGGCAUUUGCCCAAGACAAGUCGUCAAUUGAUGAGGAGACAAGCCACAGUCAAACGCAGACACAGCACCCGUGUCCAAUUCCUGCCCCACAUUCGCCUCCUCAGGGCGACAUUAAAAAUUUGGCACUAUGACCUUAUCUAGGUGUUGCUAAGUGCCACACCACAGCACUUUCCCCCAAAUGGCUUUCGAAUUCGCCGCUACCGAAAAUUCGUCCCCGUCCAUGUCUUCCGAAGACCACAGCUGCAACUGCCAUCCUCUGUGCCUCGUUUCUCGUCCACUGCUUCGAGGAAGCCGUACACCUGGCUGGUUCCAAGUCCGGAAGUACCACAGUAGUCGAAGCACCCCCCAAUUUUCGGAGGUUCGUUCCAAUUUCAAAAAUCGAGAGACACUACAUUCCAGAUUCUAUCGCCUUCUGGCAGUUAUCGAUAUGCAAAAUCUCGAUGCCCCGUUGAAGAGCUCGUAGGCAAAGAAAAAGAAUGCGAGCACCGAGUAAAGGACUAGAAAACGCCCCUCACAAAAUAUCAAAAUUAGGUUGCAAAAAAAAAAAGCACCUACGCAAGAGACACCAGACGUCAACACCAUGGCUACGACGCACCGAUGAAGAAAGAAGCAAGAGCCAAAGUCGUAAACAGAAACACUUUGUUUCAGACGUGGGUACACAUGCACAUGAUGAUACAAGCAAAGGGGAGCAAAGGAGAAAAGGGGGCUGCUGCAUAUAAAUUAAACCAACAGUACAGAGUCCUGGGUGGUGUCUUCGCAGCCUCCGCCUCAGUCCGCCUCCUAGCGAGGAAGUCGAGACGGGCCUCGCGCCUCUCUUCGUCUGCCUCGUGUACGUGUGUGUGUGUGUACGUGUUUCCGUGUCAUAAACACUCCUCCUGCCAGUUUACAUAUAUAUAUAAUAUAUAUAUGUGUACAUAUGCAUAUAUAUACAGAGCAUGUAGUGUUGUUGGUUCUCUUUUUUCUUCUCCCCUACCCCCCUCGCAAUUUGCCGCGACAUGCAACGAGUACACGGCACAAUGAAAACGUCCCCUUGUCUCACGGAUCAUACGUUCCGCGACGACACACCGCUCAAGGUAAUUGCAAAUGAUGUGGGGGGGAAAAAAAAGGCGAGCGGUUUUGUUUAAUGAUAUGGACGCGACAGUGUGUGCCUCUUCCAAAGUAACGUUAGAAUGACGCAAAAGAUCUACCGUAAGAGUUAUCUUCGCGUCAAAAUAGCUCUUUAGACGAGGGAAAAAAAAAAAGUCCAAACCAAGAAUCGAAGAUGAAAGCCUCCAAACCGCGUUGAUGCUGUAUAGUUUUCUUCGUCUGUCCACUCUCGUCUAACCAGUCUCGUCGAGCGUCCGCUACAUAUACAUAUAUUAUGUACACACACUCACGCACGCUUGCACACGCUCAGACGCUCGUCCAGACACGCACGCACAUUGCACACUCAUGCACUCGCAAAACCCUAA